GAAACGAUGCCGUUAGGCAAACGAGUACUAUACUGAAUCCAUAGGUUUUGUUUUGUCUACUAUCGUCGUCGCUUCGCAACAAAGAGCUCAGGGUUUUAUCAGAUCAAAACACAAACUUAGAUUCAGGUUUCAGUAAAAAAAAGCUAUGGCGACGAAGACGACGGAAGAGAGUGUCAAAAAGAAAGAAGGAUACAACCUAUUAGGUUCACCAACAUUCAAAGAGAUCGAAAACGGUCGAUUCAAAUGCGUAGAGACAGGUCACGAAGUGCUCUCCAAAGACAUACCCUUUUACUCUAACAGCAAAAAAUGUCGAUUGGGUCUCAUCGAUUUUGCUCUCUCUAAUAACAAAUCCCCUCUUAACAUGUUCAAUCAAGAUCCUCUCUGUCGUUCGAAAUUGAUAUGUAAGCUGACCGGAGACAAUGUUAAUAAGUCGGAAGAACAUAUCUGGAAGCAUAUGACUGGGAAAAGAUUUCUCAAUAAAUUAGAUCAACAGGAAGAAGGGAAGUUGUCAUGCCAAGGAAAGGAAAAUGGUGAGAGUUUACAAGAGAAGCAAAGUGUAGAUUGUGGAACUAAAGCUGAGAUGAAGAAGAAGAACAAGCAGAAGAACAAGAAGAAGAAGAGGACAAAGAAGAAGAAGGAUAAGAAAGUUGAAGAGAUUAUUUCUGAAGUUAGGAAGUCUUGUAAUGAGGAAAUAGACACAGAAGAGGACGACUUCUGGAUGCCUCCUGCUGGAGAACGCUGGGAUAACGACGAUGGAGGAGAUCGAUGGUGUUCAGAUUCAGAUUCCGAGUCAGAACAGGAAACUGAAGAGGGGGAUGUAAUUGAUGGUGUUGCUGAUGAGGACUGCAAGGAGUCGGAAGAGUUAUCCUCAAGAACAAAAAGAAUGUCCAUAGAAGUUGGACCCAGCAGCUUUGCUUCUAGAAAGAAGAAAAGUAAGAAGACCGACGAGACUUGAUAUACGAUGGUAACUUAAAUUUAGUUGGAGUGAAAUUAAUCCAGGCGAACUUUUGCAGCAAAUGAUAUAGUUAUGUCUGAUACAAAGUGUUUUUUCCAAAUGAACUGUAACAUCUAUCAGGAAGCUGUUUUUCUUCGGUAGAUUUUUGUUGUGAGAUCAGCUUAAAACAGUUAAAUCUUGUUUCAAACUAAACAAUUAUAUCAUGAUUUCACAGCAAUUACUGUAAUAUUCCAUUACACCAAUCAUAUGGGUGGUAAAUUUUGGUGA